AUGGCUCGCUUUUUGUUUAAAAACCCUCAAGGGGUCUCCCGAUAUAUGGUUCCCCGUGGCUGGAAGUUCCGCAAAUCAAAGGAUAGUUUCUAUAAGUCAAUUCUGGAAAAGUGCCAUGAAUUCCAUGAGAUGGCGGGCAACGUGGGAGAUGUGAUCCUGCUUCAUCCAUUGAUGGUACACUCGCAGUCCAUCAAUAGCUUGAGGAUCCCGCGGAUCAUCACCAAUUCACCGGUGUCGCUGAAUGAGCCGUUUAAUCUCGACCGCAAAGACUCGAAUCAAUACAGCAUCGUUGAAAGGAAGACAAUGCAAGAUAUUGGCAUGAGUAAUUCUUUGAUGACAGGUUGGAAGAUCAAGGGCAAUCGGGACUUUAUGGUUCCGGAGUGGCUGAAGGAGAUGGAGAAAAUGAAAGAACAGGAGCUGGGCAGAAUGAAGUGA